AACAAUUGGUCCAAUAGUGCAUUCAGCUUUGUAUUCCUGAUCAUCACAGAGGUGUUCCCGGCAAUCACCAUGUUCAUCUUUUACAACCAAACCAAGUUCUCAUCACGGUCACCAACACAAAGCAACAACUCAACAUCCACCGCCACAGCAUCAUACAGUUCCAAGAUGAAGGUUAUCAAAUAA